GGCGGCUACUCUGAAACCUGUCAUUAGAUCAGAGUGGCAUACACAUUUGUUUCCAUCUUUUCACAAACACUUGGCUUUUGAAAUGUAAAUGAAACUGUAAAAAAUCCUUUUACAUUCAUUCUCAGGACUGCUGGAGACUCUAUUAGGUAUAAAUGAUGACAAUGUUAGCAUUUUAAUGCUUGCUGUAUGACAUAAGCAACACUUCUGGCAAAGCAGGGUGAUUUCAGAAAGCAACACUGCAGUUUUGGAAGAGGAAUUCUUCCAUGUUACUCCCAUCCUUUGGAAAUCUGAAUUUAACAUAACAAAGAGCCUGCUGGGCUGAGCUACUGGAUCUCAAUGUCCCAUUAGUUCAAUGACUGAGUAGGCUCUUUGUAUUGAUUGGUGACUUUUUGUAGGCUAGAAAUUACUGCCAUUCUGCUCUACUAGGCCCUGGUUACACUACAGAAAUGAACUGUGGCUAACUAAACUGAUGGGAUAUCACUGUUCUAAGUACCAAUGGUACAGUGUAUCCACACUAACCAUGCUGUUUUGCGAUAAAACCCCUGACAGUUUUGCUUCAUCUGCACAAGUGCUGUUCUACAGCUUUACCAUUGCUCUACUCCCUGGAUAUCUCUCACAAUUCCUAUCACAGGCUUCUGGAACUUAUUUUUGUGCUACUUUUACUGGGGAGUAAUAGCUUGCCCUGCUACUGUUGCUUAAUUGAAUAAGGUGGUAAAUUCCUGAUUUUGGGGAAGGGAAUCUCAGUUUUCUAGGAGUCUCUCAUCUGUUGUCACAAUUCUGGGGAGUUGCAAUAACAUAGGAAGGAAAAGCAGAGACCUAAUUCUCCUUACUGUCCCCUCCUGUGUCCCUCUGAAAUGAAAAAUAUUUCUGAAUCAUUCAUAGCCUUUGAAAAUCUUUUGGGGCCAGUGUUAUUUUGUCCCCAGUACACAUACCAGAAUAUACAGAACAAUUCUGAAAUGCAAAACUGAUAUCUUACCUCUGAAGUGAAAUUGAAAUCAUUGCACAGGGGCAGGUUUUGGAGUUAAGGUAUUAGUAACUCAGCAGCAAGACAAAUCUCAUUAUUCUGUAGAAUACUGGAAACAGACAUAUUCAGCCCUGGGGGCUCCUAGAUGGUUGCCCCUCUUUCAAAGCAUGAUGGCCUCAGGAAACAGUAUGCAGGCCUUUAAAAAUAUGACCCAACAAAAUGUUUAGAGACGGUUUAGGCAUUAAUAUUAAUGUUGGAUAGUUCUGGAAAACCCCCAGAUCGGCUUCGUUUUGUUUUUAGCUACAAAUCAUAUAGCCAUGAGUCCAUCUGCUGUUUCUCCCUGACAGAGACUGACAAAGAUCCAUGCAUGAUGGAGAAUAAACACUACAAUUCAAUAUGCUACUCUGUAGUACUAACCUCCUCACACAUAUUUUAUUCCAACCACACAUCCCUUCAAACAGUAAAUUGCCUGAGAACAUGUAGAUUGUGUAAUACUGAGCUAUUCAACUAUUUUAUAUUUUAAAAUUUCAUUUAACUCAGGAGCUACAUUUCUAAGGCAUUUUCUGUCUCUAGAAAUGUAUGUAUACAUAAACCCUUUACAAACUAUAUGAGGCUGAUGCUGCAAGCACUAGGACGUAAUUCACUGUUGUCCUGCAGCUUGUACAGUCAGUUACACCAGUGCAAAGUGAGGGUAAAGCAUUAUCAAAUCAGAAUGGUGUUUUAUGCCUUCUUUGCAUUUGUGCAAGUCACUACACAUGAUGGAUAGCACUGGGAUGGUGAAUCAGGCCCCUGGUCCUUGGGACUACAACAGGACUAUUUAUGUGGUAAUAUGCAUUAUGAUUGGCAUUUGCAGGAUCAGGUUCUGUUUACAUACAGACCGCUCCAGCCCCUUCUGCUGUGAUGGGAGGCUUCAAACCCAGUUCUUGGUUUAUAAGGUUUUAUAAGAAAUAUUAUUAUUAUUAUUAUUAUUAUUACUUGCAUUAUGGUACUGCUAUAACGGCAUGACACUCAAUUUUCCCAGUGUGGAAAGAUUAAAGGCAGUGUAUACCACUAGGCUUUGAAAUUGCAGAGGGAUUUGCUCUAGUAUACUUUGCCAAAAUUUCACUACUCCCUCACUGUCAUUGCUUUAUGUCAGUUGCCUGCUUAAUUACUGCCUUCCAACAGAGAGGUGGCUACAUUUCAGUGAUGCUAUAAAUCACUUUAGAAUCCUUCAGAAAAUAUAACUAUAAAUUAUUAAAACUAUAUAUUUAAAAAAAAACCCUCAAAACAUUAGAGAUUCAGGUCAUUACUUUUCCACAAAUUUCACUCUCUGCCAAUAGUUUAUCCCCUAUAAUUGCACUGGGGGGGAUUAAGGCCUACAAAUUACAUUCAUGUUUAGCAUCUCGCUGGUCUAGCUCGUCCCCUUGCUUUCUGUCUUUCUUUCACAGAUCUUCUCCUUCUGUCCUUUAACUGUCCAUCUAUCUCUUCUACUUCAUCCAUGUCAACUUUCCAAAAUACACAAUGGUGGCCGAUUAAUAGCAUCCCAAGGGGUUUGAAUCUGGGGAGGAAUGACCAAAACUGGCAAAAUUUUCAUAGUUUUGGGGAAGAAAAGGCUAGUGUUGAUUCAAAGUAUCAUAUGAGCCAAACUGUAAAAUAUACAAGUGUCAUUUGCUUUUUUCUCCCUUUUCUCCACUUCUCCUUUGAUACCCUGAGUCUUUUCUUUGAUCUCUUUUAGUGUCUAAUUUUUCACCUUUUAGAAAAUGUUAUAGUUCACUCCCUCUUCCCCUUAAAAUCCUCUUUCUUCCAGACAUUUCUUCUUUUCUGAUUUGGUCCCCCUUUUUUGACUUUCCAUAUUUUUUCCUUCUCUUUUCCCAUUUCUCUCCAUCUCUGGUCCCUUUUGUAAUGGGUCCUGCUCACCCUCCCAAUGUGAGUGCCUUGAAACUAGAGUUGGUACGAUCAUUAUAUUAUUUGUGCUGGAGCAACACCUGAGAUGGAAUCAGGACAGCAAGGUGCUAGGUGCUGUAUGGAGAAGAAGACACAGUCUCUGUCCCAAUAAGCUCCUAGUCCUGAAUAUGAGGAUACCACCCUCUCAUUGCAAGUGAGUUAACCUCCACCUCUGUGGCGUUACCUCCCCGCCACUCAAACAGGAAUUUCCCCUUACACUGAACCCCAGGCCUCAGGCGCCCCAUCUCAGUUUGAUGGAUGUAACUCUGCACCAAUUAACAGCCUCUCAGAAGACUGAAGGGGGCGGGGAGUCUUCUCUGCGCCAAUAGGAAGGGACAACGGCCUCAUGAGCAAGCCCCUUUGAUCUUAGAGGUAUUAAACUCCACCCCUUCUUCCUCUUCCCGACCCCUGAAUGAAUGAAGUCUCUGCUGGCCAAUGAGAAGUUUUCGUUCGGCUUGAUGGACUUUCCCAACCUCCAAUAGGAGCUUAGAAUCGUAGCGUAGCCUCCAAUGAGAUGCCAAUGAUGAGCACAGUAGGCGGGCUCUGCCUCCCAGGCGGGCGGAGAAGGCCGCGGUUAUCGAUCCCGCUGCUGGAGGGAGGCGGCGGCGAAGCAGCAGAGAAAAUGGCGGCCAUGGCUGCGGAGGCGGCGGCGACUGCAGCGGUGCCGGGUGACGGGGGAGCCGGCGAAGCCGAGCCCGAGAUGGAGCCCAUCCCGGGCAGCGAGGCCGGCGCAGACCCCCUCCCCGCUGUCAGCGAGGCUGUGGAGUCGGCCGUGCCUGAUGGGGACGAGGCCGACGGGGGAAAGUCCGCCCCGGGGGAGGCCGAGGAGCCGCCGCUGCCGCCCGUAGAGCUCGCCCGGAGCCCGGCUAGGACCCAGGAGCCGGAACCGGAGAGGACGGAGCCGGAGGAACCGGAGCCGGGUUCGCCCAAGGCCGAACCUAGAGGAGCGCCCAGCCCGGAGCCCGAAGAGGCGCCGCAGCCCUGCCCGCCGCCUGCUGGGCACCCUGAACUUCCCGAGGAGGAGCCGCAGCCCUGCCUGCCGGCUGCUGGGGGCCCCGUGGAGCCGGAGCCCGGGGAGGAGCCGUGCCGGCCGGAGGAGGAGGAGCCGGAUGCUGCUGCUGCCGCUGCCGCUGUAAAGCCGGAGCCCCCGGCCGCCGGCGCCCCGGUGGCCCCGGCCGCGGGGGAGGCGGAGGCUCCGCUGCUGCCUGGCUCGGAGGUGCGGGUCACCCUGGACCACAUCAUCGAGGACGCGCUGGUGGUGUCGUUCCGGCUGGGGGAGAAGCUCUUCUCCGGGGUCCUCAUGGACCUCUCCAAAAGAUCUGAAGUCCAGACCUUCAGAAUUGCUGUCUCACUCUGUUCAGUCACUUGCACUAUGUGGGUGUCAAAGCACUUGCCAUUAAAUGACUCUGGAUCCUGUAUGUAUGAGUUUGGACCCCAUGGAAUCCCUGUGACCAUAUUUCCUAAAAGGGAAUACAAGGAUAAACCUGAAGCCAUGCAGCUCCAAAGUAAACCAUUCCAAGAUGAGACACAGGUGAAGUGUGAAGCCAGUGGUGUAGUCCCUGAUAACUCCUCUUCUCCCAUUCAGCCAUCAGAACCUAGCCUCGCUAAAAGCCUAUGGACUUCUAAACCACCUCCCCUCUUCCAUGAGGGAGCGCCAUAUCCUCCUCCAUUGUUUAUCAGGGACACGUAUAACCAAUCAAUACCUCAGCCUCCGCCCCGAAAAAUUAAGCGGCCCAAGCGGAAAAUGUACAGGGAGGAACCCACUUCUAUUAUGAAUGCUAUCAAAUUACGACCCAGGCAGGUCUUAUGUGACAAAUGUAAAAACAGUGUUGUUGCAGAAAAAAGAGAAAUUAAAAAAAGUGGCAAUGCAAGUGACUGCUUAAAAUAUGAGGAUCAUAAAAAGCGAAGAAAUGAGAGUGUAACUACUGUGAAUAAAAAACUUAAAACUGACCAUAAAGUAGAUGGAAAAAGCCAAAAUGAAAGCCAGAAAAGAAAUGCUGUGGUCAAAGUUUCAAAUAUUGCCCACAGCAGAAGCAAAGUAGUUAAAGUUUCUGCUCAAGCAAACACUUCGAAAGCUCAGUUAAAUACUAAAAAAGUUCUCCAGAGCAAAAACAUGGAUCAUGCAAAAGCUCGGGAAGUUUUGAAAAUGGCCAAAGAAAAGGCACAAAAGAAACAGAAUGCAACUUCCACCUCCAAAAAUGCACAUUCAAAGGUCCAUUUCACACGGCGUCUUCAGAACACCAGCUCAGGUUCCCUCCCACCCCGAUUGCGUUUAAAACCACAAAGGUACCGGAAUGAAGAAAACGACUCAUCUCUCAAGACAGGACUUGAGAAAAUACGGAGUGGCAAGAUGGCAACUAAGCCCCAGUCUCGCUGCUCCUCCACCCGCUCAGCAGCUCAGAGACACUAGGCACCUGCUGUUUUUAUGGAACCUCACCACACUGCCACGAAGAACACCAGCUCAUCAGGAACGACAAAAAUUUGAGACUGAAUUGUUAUAUUUUUUCUCUGAAAUCUUAAACAGAGGGAAGAAAGGGCAGGGUGAAUGUGUUAAACAAAACCACCCCCACUAAUCUCAUUGGGGCACCUGUAUCUAUUGUACAUUUUCUUUGAAAUUUAAAAAGAUGUUAGGAAAUAUUUUAUAAAACUUUUUUGCAAUAAAUGACGCAUGAGAUGGUGAGAGACUAUAUGAAGUGUACGUGCAAGGAACCACUUGAAUUAUUAGUAUGAAGAAUCACUGCGAAUAAUUUUUUUUUUAAUGUGAUGAUCUAAUCAAUAUGUUUGACAGGCCCCAAUGAUGGAGCCAAUUGCCUGGAAAGAUGACUGUAACUUUUGAACUUUUGUUUUGAUUCUUAACUUAGCACUGCAUUUUCCAUUCUCCAAGGCUUAGUUAGUAUUUAGUAUGGGUGUUAGCAGAGCUAUAAUGUGAUCUAAAGCAUGUCCGAAAGCAGCUGUAUUGUAAAAUAUGAACAGUCUUGUUAAAUGAGACCAAUGUUUCCCAGAGAGGUUAUGGGUAGGAUGACAACAGUAACUCCAUAUAUCUCUAAUUUAUGGGAAAAAUCUUCCCCUGUGAAAAUGGUUGUUCUAUUCUUAUGCUGAUAUAACACUUUGGGAAUUGAGGAUUGUUGGAAAUGUAUCAAGAAGGGCUACAUCUCUGACAGUACAGUCAUUUCGAUUUGCUUGUGAUGCUAUAGCAGUAUGGGAUUCAAGAACGGAUACUGCUAAGAUAGAAUAGCAGUCGUUUGCCAGGUCAUUGUUCCCCCCCCCCCUCCAGCCCAGAAUAGAGCUCAUGCAGGCAGCUAGUACAACAAGAGUUUCCAUUAGUGGUUCUAGUGGUAGUUGAUUUAAUAGAAUCAUAGAAAUGUUGGGCUUGAGGAGACCUCAAGAGUCCAGCCCCCUGCUCGAUUUGCAUUACAUCAUCUUCUUUGGAUAUCAUUAAAUCAAAAUUAGAAGGUCAAAUCUUUUAUCCUCUUUCUUCCUUUCUCCAAAAGAUGUUUAGUAAUAGUUAUUUCAGAUGAAGCUAGUGAAUGUUGACCAUACUGCUAGAAUAUUGGCUUGUUAAUUUAUUUGCCACUGAUUGUUUUAACAUUGUGUGCAUGUUUUCUUGAUGAUAUGGUUUACUGUGCCCUUCUUAAUGAUAGAAAGGGAUUCACAGGAUGCCUGACUUGGGAGAGUAAAUAUUUAUUUUGGAGAAAGGAAAAUGUGCACAUAAUCUAAAGAUCUAAUAAAGUACAAGUUCCUCUUUCCAUGGAAAUGCAAAGGCUUUUACUAAACUCUUUUCCUACUUAUUAAUAUUCUGAUCUUAUCAGGGAAUGUAAAAUAUCUUUCUAGAGGUUAUCUGAAAAGAGAUCACCUUUUCCAAAAGUCUCUAGUUUCCAAAGGCACAAAUAUGGUUUCAUAACCUGUGUGCAUGGAUCAUGAAUUAAGUAAUCUUUGAUUUCAAACCAUGGUGACCAUAGAUGUAUAUUUUUUCCCCUUUGCUGUGGUAUUUGGUAACAAAUCCAUAUUUUUAGCAGAGCAGGGGAAACAAUAAUCUAUACCCAGGAAAGAUAUAUUGGUGGUACAUAUAGUCAAAGGCAGUUCUAUAUUAGAGAGUUAGUAGUUAUUUUAGUUUGAUUAGUGGUAACUUCAUAAUUUAUUUAUAAAACCAGAAACCAAAACCAUAGCACCUAUUUCUUUCAAAAACUAUUUUAGCUGCACGUUGCUGUUGUACAGUAGAUUCAAAUUGUGCUACUUUUCAUAAUAAACUGCAGAUUUUUUUUUUAAAAUAGAGAAUAGUAAUUAUUGGUCUGCAGUACUCUUCCUUUCUAAUGUAGUCAAAGCAGAGGGUCAGCAGUCUGGUCCUGCUCCACUGCCCAAAAUGUGACCAAGAUUUAUUAUAAAUUAAAGCAUCUCACUCUUAGGCUACAUCUGCACUAUGAGCUAGGUGUGUGAUUCCCAGUUUCUGUACACAUACACGUGCUAAUUCUCAUGGAGCUAGCGUGAGUGUAAAUAGCAGUGUAGAUGCAGUAGCAUGGGUACGAGCAGCAGGGCCAUAGCUUAGUGGAGCCUAGAAUGUACCCACCAGUCUCAAGCAGGUUUGUAUUCAUCAUGUCGCCACUGCAGCUACCCAUGCUACCACAGCUACACAGCUAUUUAUACUUGCGGUAGCUUAGUGACAACUCAUGCAAGUAUGUGUAGGUAAGUUGGGAUCACACCCCUAGCUCUAGUGUAGACAUAGCCUUAGAGAGAGAGAGGGACAGGGUGCAGUGAGUUAAUGUGCUAGCCUUUUACCUCUGGAGACCAAACUCUGAUUGUAUUACAAGUAGAUGCGGGGGGUGUCAUUUUUAUCCACGUGAAAACAAAACCACACCAGACAACAUGGCACAAAACAGUUUCUGCUCAGGAAAAAGGCCCAGGACUGUAAUAGCAGGGUUAUUCCAUGCUGGGAUUGAAAUGAUUGAUGUUGUGUGUGGAAGCCAGUAGUGCCUGCCUAUAUGACAUCUGACUCUUAACCAGUGCUCUUAUUGCCUCUCCUGCAAGAGCACUAGCACACAUCAGUUGGAGUAUACAGAACAUUAUAGUGUGAGAGAAAUGCAAGUCUCUGCAUUGGAGAAUAUGGGUAAAUUAAGCAAAUAGAAAGCUUAAAAAAUAGACAAGGUAGCAAACUGUAUUUGCUCAUAAAAAUGAGUUUAUUUUCAUGGGAAGUAGUGCAGCCAUUUUGUUUGAAACCAGAUUUUCAUUUUGAAGUGAAACUGUCAGGAAUAUUUUAAUGACUGGGAAGUACAGUAAUGUAUUGCUUUUCACUUUUUGGCUUUAGUUGCUUAAUAUUUAAGCUUUGCUCCGUGCUACCUUUUUGUCUGUAUAUUGAAUGGUCACUAUGCCUCCUUCAUUUUGUAGACUUGAAUGGGUGGGGAAGAUUCACUUUUAAGGUUUGCUCAGAGGUAAAUGUUAAAGAAUGUUGUGUAACAUUUAUUCAAAUAAAGCCUUGAUUUUUUUUCAGCACUUGUUGAAGGGAAAUUAUGUGGAAUAUU